AUUUCACAUUAAGUAAUAUCACAUGCAUCUUGCCUGUUUUCAAACUUCUCGGUUUCCAACACUAGGGGCCGCUUGCUUUUUUCCCUAGACGACACAAUGUCUGCACAACAGACGAGUGAGCACCAUGCUGCUACUACUAUUUCGUUGAAACGAAAGGUGUCCACUGCUGAUGAAAAUGGCGACAAAAGCAGCUUGCAUAGCCAUAACAGCAAGAAUACCAAUGACAAAAGCAAUGCACCAGCGAAUGGGUCAACAGCAACAGCAACUACAGCCAAGAAAAAGAAAGCCCGAUCGGCUUCUAUUGACAGCAAAGCAUCGAAGUCGUGGUUCUGGCGAUCGUCUACACAGCAGCAACAGCAACCGACCAUACAAGAGCAAUUGCAAAGCGAUAACAACUCGAAUGCCGGACCUUCUGAUUCUAAUAACAAUGCCAGCACGAAUCUUGGCAGCAGCAGCAGUGGUGGUGGUGGUGGUGACAGCAAUAAUAACGGUGGCAAUGAUGAUAAUGAUAACAGUAACAAUAACGAGGAUAAUAAAGAGAAAGACAACGAACCAAAAGAAUCAUCAUCACAGCAACCUGGAGGAGCAGCGGUAUCGGGUAUAUGGUCUUGGUUAGGCUAUUCAAAUACAAAUGGACCUGUAGAACAGAAACCGGACGUUAAAGAUGACGAUAAUGUAGCAUUGCCACCCGCUUUUAAAACGGAAGAAACAACUACAGCGCCACCACCACCACAACAGAAGGAAUCGGCCGAAACAUCAACAUUACCUUCGGCACAAACUGAUGCACAACACAACAAUAACACCAAUAAUACCGAAAAUCGCACAUACUGGAAAUCAUUUUUCUGGUCUAGCGAACCUGACCCUAGCUACAACGGCAGCAACAGUGGCAGUAGUAGUAACAACAACAACCAAGACAGCGUUGUCAUCGAAAAAUUAUCUUCGACCGAAACACGCACUGACGCCCCAUCGCCAGCAGCUCCCAUAAUACCCCAAUCCAACAAAAAGAACGUCGUUGUCCCAACGAUCGAAUCACAGCUCUACCCGCCACCUGAAACACCUAAUAAUUCAACGUCACUCUUGAACAAAGCUCUGCGAGCAAUUAAUCAUAUGUUUGCACAAAAAUCACCACAACAUGUCAAUACAAAGUUUUCUCAGUUCGUGCGCGACAUGAAGGCUCAUCCAGAAGAUAUUGCAGGCAAAAAAUUUGUAAUUGUUGGCGUUCAUGGCUGGUUCCCAACCAAGCUGGUACGAAGUGUUCUUGGUGAGCCAACUGGAACAUCCAUCAAAUUCUGCGAGCAGAUGGUGUCUGGUGUCCGACAUUAUUUUCAAGAGAAUCAUGGUUUAGUAAUUCCGCAUCAUGCUAUCACGAGUAUUCCACUCGAAGGCGAAGGCAAGGUUGAAGAACGAGUGGAUCGAUUACAUAAAGCUUUGCUUGGACACCCUGGCUGGAUGGAUGCGUUGACUACUGCCGACAUAGUUCUUUGGACCACGCAUUCACAAGGAACGCCUGUAUCGACCAUGAUGCUCCAUCGCUUGCUUGAAGAAAAGCACAUUAAUCUGCGAUCACAAUCCGUAUGUCUGCUAGCAAUGGCUGGUAUCUCGCACGGACCAUUUCCAUCAUUAAAAGGCAAUCUCAUCGUCAAGUACUUUGAAGCAGAUGCUGCUCGAGAGCUGUUCCACUUUAUGGACUCGUCAUCCGAGAUAUCUCAGAAAUACCGAGAAUCACUCAACUAUUUACUGCGCAGCGGAAUUAAGACCGUGUUAGUUGGAUCUAUGCAAGACCAGGUUGUUCCACUCUAUUCAGCUAUAAUGACAGGCGCCUCGCAUCCCAACAUCCUUCGGGCAGUGUACAUUGACGGGCACAUCUAUUCCGACGACGACUUUUUGAUCAACUUGGUGACAUUUGCACUACGGUUACGGAACGCCGGCUUAUCGGAUCAUGGAUUAUUGACACAUAUCAGUGAGGUGCUUGCAGGCGACUUGUAUUCAUGGGAAGGAGGCCAUUCCACCAUUUACGAAGAACGCGACGUUUUCAUCAUGGCAGUUCAAUACCUGUUUGAAAGUGCGUCUUUUGGACGAACAACAAGGACAACGGACACAGCUGUGGACGUACUAUUAGACAGAUUCCAAGCCAGAGUUCGCCAAAAUCCGUUUUACUUACCAUGGGCUAUGCGUGGUAUCUGUGAUGAUGCAGCUGUGCUGAGUGACCAGAUUUUACGGCAAGAACUCCAAAAACUCCGCACGCUGUUUGAGCAAUGGGUUCCGGCAAGUGCAAAGUUACGUGAAAUCAAGUUUAGACUGGAACCAUUGCGGGCACGUUUAUAAAUGCAAGCAAUCCAUGUAAUACGUACACUUGUAGAUCAUCAGAUAUUGUUAGUAUAAUUAGAGAAGAAGA